AAGGUCCCUUCCCGUGGCGGAUUGUUCCACAGCUAUGACCGGGAUCUGGGUACUGCUGCCUCUGAUACUUACCUGUAUUGCUGGCUCACUGUCCACAAGUAUUAAUGAUUGUAAAAUCAAGAAUGAGACUCAGUACUCCACUGGAUAUCUUUCAGGCAAUUUCUGCUGUCAGCUAUGUCCUCCCGGCACGAAGAAAAAGGCUGAUUGUACAAGCAAUGAGGGCAAACCAGACUGUGAGCCCUGCCAGGAAGGGGAGGAGUACACAGACAAGAGUCAUUUUUCUUCUAAGUGCAGAAGAUGCAGUCUUUGUGAUGGAGAACAUGGCUUAGAAGUGGAAACAGACUGUACUACGAUCCAGAAUACCAAGUGCAGAUGCAAAUCAAACUUUUUCUGUAAUGCUCUUAAAUGUGAACACUGUGAUCCUUGUACCAUGUGUGAACAUGGAAUCAUUGAGGAAUGCACACAAACCAGCAACACCAAAUGCAAAGAAAAAGGUUCGACUACAGGUUCGAAACAUCAUUUUCUUUGGUUGAGUACCCUGUUACUGAUUCCAGUAGUUUUGGGGCUGAGAAGAUACAAAAAGCACAGAGAUGGAAAGCAUGGCUAUGACAAAUCUACAGCCUUAAUUCCUGUAGGUGUUGACAGAUGCAUCAGCUUUAAAACAAAUAGAGAAAAUAGUAGAAAUCAUUUUACCUGUUUCCUUUUAAAAUUUCUUUAUUUUUUUGAAAGGCAAAGAAACAGAGAGAGACAGAGAGAGAGAGACUGCUCAUAUCCACUGGAUUUGUAACCCAAAUGCCAGCAACAGCCAGGGCUGGGCCAGGCCAAAACUAGGAGCCAGAAACUCAAUCCAGGUUUUCUACAUGUAUGGCAGGAAGCAGCUGAACCAUCACCGACUUCCUCCUAGGCUGUGCAUUAGCAGGAAGAUGCAAUCAUGAGUAGAGCUAGAACUCAAAGCCGGGCACUCCAAUUCGGGAUGCUGGUGUCCAAGAGUGGCAUCUUAACUAUUAGGUCAAAUGCCCACCCCUGUUACUUUGUUUAAAGCAAAUACUUGUGUUUGUGAGUGCCUGAGUUAGAGGAGCAUUAAAAACAGAUCAGAGGGUGGGGGAGGGAGAGCACUGUGGUAUAGUAGGUAAAGCUGCUGACAUGCAAUGUCAGCAUCCCAAAUGGGUGCCAGUUUGUGUCCUGGCUGUUCCACUUCCAAUCUAACUCUCUGCUAAUGGCCUGGGAAAAGCAGCAGAAGAUGGCUCAAGUACUUGGGCCCCUGCCACCCACAGGAGAGACAUGGAAGAAGCUCCUGGCUUUGGCCUGGUCCAGUCCUGGUGGUUGCAGGAUUCUGGAGUGAACCAGCAGAUGCAAGAUUCUCUCUCUCUCUCUCUGAAGGAGUGCCAAUGAAUUUCUCAGAUGUUGAUAUUAGUAAGUAUAUCCCUACUAUUGCUGAAGAAAUGAAAAUAAAUGAAGUUAAAGAAUUUGUUCGGAAGAAUGGUGUUAAUGAAGCCAAAAUUGAUGAGAUAAAGAAUGACAAUAUCCAAGACACAGCUGAACAGAAAGUCCAGCUGCUGCGUAAUUGGCAUCAGCUUCAUGGGAAGAAAGAUGCAUAUAACACUUUGAUCAAAGGUCUUAGAAAAGCUAAUCUUUGUGCUCUUGCGGAGAAAAUUCAAGAUAUAGUCCAGAAGGACAUUACUAGUGACCAUGACAAUUUAGAUAUCAGAGAUGAAAAGGAAAGACAAAGCUUGGCCUAGAGUGAAAAACAACUAAUUCAUUUCUGUGUAUGUAGUCAAUGGAAAGAAAAAAAAAAGUGUGGAAAAGUUCUAAAUACCUGAAGGUUGUAAAUAUUGCUUAACUUUUCACUGGAUGUAUUUUUUUCAUUUAUUAGAUUUCUAGAACUAACAUAUGUAUAGGUUUUGAAGAUACCAUAAUUCUUCCUUCAAGAAUGUUUGAAAUCUGUUGAGAAUACAGAUAUAGUCAAGAGUAAGUGUAAUGGCACAUUAAGUAUCUAAAUAGAAGUGUUUGUAAAGGAAAAAAUGAUUAGUGCCAUGCUUUAGUAUCUAACCCAGGAUUCUGUAGGUAUGAGUGUACACAGUGAAUGUCAGCACUAAUGUUUAUCUACAGGCUGUUCUCAUUGUAUGAGUCAAUAGAAACUAUGACCUUUUGUUGCAGUGUCUCAGUUACUGAAAAGACCUUUGCCUCUAAAUUACCUCUCCAGCUUCACGCAGUAUUCUAGAGAUUUUAUCAUACUUAUAAACUCUGUUUACACUUCUGAAAAGAGUAAAUUCAGGCAGUUUGCAUAUGUAUUUGAAUGCAUUUAAUAAGAUACUACCUCAAAGAUCUUUGCACGGGUUGUUGGUAUUUUACUUUACAAUACUUCCACUUUGAAUUUACAUGGAAAAUAGAUUCAAUUGUAAUACUUGAAUAUUUUAUAUGUGUAUGACAUUUUACUGGAUUAAAAUCAUCUGGUUUUAGGAACUGCUCUUGUCAUUCCCUGAAGAUUCUCAGAAUAAGCCCCUCUCCCUACCACUACUUUGUUACUUUUAUAUUUAAAGAUCUCUGAAAACUCAUAUGAAAUGUGAAUUUUGAUAAAUAUUAUUUAUACUUGUAUACAUGUAUGAUGAACUGAAGAUAGUUAUAAACUGAAGCAACUAUCAGACCAGCCUAAAGAACAUCCAUGAAUGGAGAAUUUUUUCCCUUGUGUUUGGAAAUCUAAAAUAUAGGUAAAAAUAUUUAAUUAAAAUAAUGCUUUUGGAA